AUGAGGGCUCCUGGCCUCCGAGCUUCUCUGCGUCUCAUCGCACCAAACACAUCUCUCGCAAAUGGCAUACAAAUCAGAUUCUUGCACAAGACCCGACCUCCGCAUACGAUACCCCAACCACGCCCCUUCGUUCCCGACGUACCUACCUUCCUAACCCUCAUCGGGCGCGGCCUGAAUAAGCACGCAUCCAAGUUCCCAUCAUGGGACGCCCUCUUCUCUCUCACCUCUCCUGAACUCAAAGAACUCGGAAUCGAACCCCCACGAAACAGACGAUAUCUCCUCCAAUGGAUGCAACGAUACCGCAAGGGCGCGCUGGGUCCUGGCGGUGAUUUCGAAUUCGUCAAGGACGGCGAAGCGAUUCUCAAGGUAGCCACGCCGCCUGCCUCUGUUGUGACCGACACAAAAUGGGUCGUCAAUGUUCCCCAUGGUGCAGGAGCCGAAGCCGAGACGUCAUCAGAACCCUCAACAUUACCCCGACCCAAGGGCUACACAGUUCGCGGAUCGAGGUCAAUAACUGGCCCGUACGCGCAGCCGCUUCCCGAAGAGGCGGGUGCGGUGGUGAAAGUCACAGAGGGCAUGUGGGAGCAGCGCCGUGGACGAAAGAUUGAUGGCGGUGAGCGACGCAGAGCAGAGGUGCGCUUUAAGAGACGAUCCGCGGAACGAAGAGCAGAGAGAGAGUCAGAGAUGAUGGCGAAAAUGUAA